AUGUCUACCGAAAUCACCCUCUUCGACUUGCCCUCCAAGGGCACGCCCACUUGCUGGUCGCUGAACCCGUGGAAAGCUCGCAUGGUACUCAACUUCAAAAAGAUCCCAUACAAGACAGAAUGGGUCGAAUAUCCGGAUCUAGCAUCGACUUUCAAAUCCUUCGCAAUUGCUCCCAACGCUCCUCCACAAGCUGAAUACACCAGCCCGGUGGUCCGACUGCCAGAUGGCCGAUAUGUGAUGGAAUCCCGAGCGAUCGCCCGCGAGCUGGAGAAGCUCCAACCCGAGCCUUCUAUUCAACUCGACAGCCCUCAGGUACAGAAGACCUUCGAUCUUCUCGGUCAGAUCUGGCCUCCUUUGCGAUCGAUUGUUCUGCCUCGGGUGCCGGUCAUGCUGCUGCCACCGCGUAGCGCCGAGUACUUUGAGCGCACUCGAGAGGAGCAGUUUGGUAAGCCAUUGGCUGAAGUGGCCGAAACUGACGGUGCUGGUGAAGGGCCGUGGCAAGAAGCCGAGAAGGGCUUUCAGGGUAUCAAGGCUUUGCUUGCCGAGAAUGAGGGACCUUACGUAGUGGGUAAGGAGGCGAGCUUUGCGGACUUCGUCCUUGCGGGACUAUGGCGGAUGCUGGAGAGGGUCGACCGGGAUGGCGAUGUGUAUGGAAGGAUCAUGAAGGAUGAGACCUUUCAGAAGCACCAUGAUGCUUGUAGGCGGUGGCAGGAGAAAGACGAUUAG